UUACAAGGUGAUAUUAUACCUAAUGGAGUCACCUUCCAGGGUAAUGGGAACCCAUGUGAUAGCUGCAUAUGCCAGAAUGGUAAUAUACAGUGUGUACGAGUGACCUGCCCAAAGCUGACUUGUCUUCUGCAAGAAGAGAUACCUGGGGAAUGUUGUAAAAGGUGCCAAGGUUGCAUUGAUGGCACAACCACCCGCAGGCACGAGGAGGAGUGGAAACCCCAAGGAGAGCCAUGUCAUAGUUGCCGUUGUAUGGAGGGCAAAAUCCAGUGUAGGAAGCGUCACUGUGCAUCUCUGUGUAGAAACCCUGCACCUCCUCGACCAGGAACUUGCUGUCCUACAUGUGAUGGAUGUUCAUUUAAUGGUCGCACAUAUCAGAAUGGACAAUCCGUGAGAAGCUCUGACUCUUGUACACGCUGCUUAUGUGAGAAUGGAAAUGUCCAGUGUAGC